AUGGAAAAGUUUAAAGAGAAAAUUGCAAGCCUUCGUGCUGAAGCAGAAAAUGCAACUGCACGUGCAGACGAACUUGAAGCCCAUGUUAAAGAAUUAGAGACAGAACAUAUUGCCAAAGACCACGAACUUUCAUCCCUUCAAAAUCGUGUUAAAAUUUUAGAAGAACAAUUAGAGAGUACUGAAGAUCAACUUAAAAAAGUCACUCAAGAUUUCACUGAAGCUGACUUAAGAGCUGAAGAAGCUGAACGUAAAAUUAUUAUUCUCGAAAAGGAAUUGAAUGAAAUGGAAGAAAAGUAUGAAAAAUUAGAUGAAAUGCAUAAGGCUUCAAAGGCUGAAUUAGAAGAAUUGGCCCGUCAAUUUGAUGAAUUAUAA